AUGCCUUUGGACCCUAUUAGAUCUUACUCGGCCUCUUACGGAUGGCAAAGUAUAGUCUCGGCUCGACCUCUGGUACAAAAAGGGCUUAUUAAAAGAGUUGGUUCAGGAACAUCUGUGUUAGUUUGGGAUGAUCCAUGGAUUCCAGCUUCUCGCCCGAGGCCAGCCAACGGAUCUGGGAUUAAUUUUACCCUCAUCUCGGGAGUCGGUGAAAGAUUACGAAGUCGGGGUAUGCAAAUAGAUCCACGGUGUAUGCGGUGUGGGAUGGCACCAGAAACUGUAAAUCACACUUUAUUUGAGUGUCCGCCGGCACUACAAGUUUGGGCAUUAUCUCCGAUUCCAACGCACCAGCCCAUUUUCCCAACUGGAGGCCUGUUUACAAACAUGACACAAUUGUUUUGGCACUUGCCAAAUGAUGAUAGGAUGAGGAUGUUCCCUUGGUUGAUUUGGUAUAUUUGGAAAGCCCGUAAUGACAAGGUUAUGUCUAAUGUGGAUUGGGACCCCAAUGAGAUAAUCGUUAAAGCAGAAGCGGAGUCUAUAGCAUGGACAAAGGCCCAGGAACGGCUGGAGAUGGCAUAUCCCCACACAGAAACCCACGUGGAAAUAUCUGCGUUAGGCGACAUAUGUCAGGUGGACGGGGCCUGGAAGGAAUCAGAGUGUAGAGCUGGUCUAGGAUGGUAUUAUUUUAACACGAAUACUCUUGAAAAUUUUAUGGGAGGGUGUAAUCUGAGGCGGGGGAUAUCACCUCUUCAGGCAGAGCUGGAAGCUCUCAUUUGGGCUAUGCAAUGUAUGCUAAGGAUUAGAAAAUUAACAACGGUGUUUCAGACGGACUGUUCCGAUGUGGUGAAGAUGGUGUCUAGACCAGAGGAGUGGCCGGCUUUCUCAUUACUACUUGAAGAGGUUGACAGAUGUAAGAGGAGAUUCAAUUCUUUCUCCAUCAUGCAGAUACCAAGGACGAAAAACACGCAGGCAGACAAGCUAGCACGGAGUGCUCGAGCUCUACUUACUGAUGUGUACUAUGUAAACUCUGUUUCACCAGUUUGGAUUUCCGAGCUGUUUUAG